GGCGCGGGGGCCGUUCCGGUACCGGGGGCCGUCCCGGUGCGGCGGGGCGGGGCGGGACAGCGGGAGACAAAGGAGAAAACUUCGCGGAGACCGAGAGAGCUGCCGGGACGCCGGGAGCCGCCGGGACACCGGGCCCCCCCCGAGCCCCCGGCCCAGCGGACGAGACCCCCCCGGACAUCUGCUCCCCCGACAGCGGGACCGGGGCGGCCGUACUCCCCGCCCGGGACACCGAGGCGGCCGGAGCCCCCCCGUGCCGAGCCCCGGGUCGCCCCUGAGCCCCCCCCGGCCCCCCCCGGAGCGCAGCGGGAUGCGGCGGGGCUGAGCGAGCGGUCCCCGCGUCCGCGGAGGAUGAAGCUGCCACCCGCCUGCUGCCGGCUCCACACGCUGGGGGCCGCCCUGGGGGUCUGCGUCACCAUCGGCUUCACGGUGCAGCUCCUGGGGGGGCCAUUCCAGCGCAGGGCCCCUGUGGCCCCUGCCGGCCGCCCCCCGGCGCCCUGCCAGCCCCGCACCCACCUGGUGUUCCUGAAGACCCACAAGACGGGGGGCAGCAGCGUGGUCAACCUGCUGCACCGCUUUGGGGAGGCGCGGGGGCUGCGCUUCGCCCUGCCCCACCGCUACCAGUUCGGGUACCCCAGCCCCUUCCGGGCUGAGCGGGUCAAGGGGUACCGCCCGGGGGGUCCCCACUUCGACAUCAUCUGCCACCACAUGCGCUUCAACCUCACCGAGGUGCAGAAGGUGAUGCCCAACGACAGCUUCUACUUCUCCAUCGUGCGGGACCCGGGCACGCUGGGCGAGUCGGCCUUUGCCUACUACCGGGCUGUGGCGCCGGCCUUCCGGCGGGCCCCCUCGCUGGCCGCCUUCCUGGCAGCCCCGGGGCGCUUCUAUGAGGCCGGGGCGCGGGGCAACCACUACGCCCGCAACCUGCAGUGGUUCGACUUCGGGCUGCCGGCGGCAGAGGACGGGGCGGCAGUGGAGGCGGCGCUGGCGGGGCUGGAGCGGGCCUUCGCCCUGGUGCUGCUGGCCGAGCACUUUGACGAGUCGCUGGUGCUGCUGCGCGAGGCCCUGUGCUGGCCUGAGGAGGCCGUGGCCGCUUUCGCCCACAACGGCCGCCCCGCUGGGGAUGGCCCUCGCGUCUCGCCCGCCCAGGCCGCCCGCCUGCGGGCCUGGAACAGCCUCGACUGGGCGCUCUACACCCACCUCAACCGCUCCUUCUGGCGCCGGGCCGAGGCCUUCGGGGCCGCCCGCCUGCGGGAGGAGGUGGCCCGCCUGCGCCAGCGCCGCACCGCCCUGGCACACCACUGUCUGCAGGGUGGCGGACCCCUGCCCGCCCGCGCCAUCCCCGACGGCCGCCUCCGACCCUUCCAGCCCCCCGGCCGGGCUCAGAUCCUGGGGUACGCCCUGCGGGCCGGGCUGCCCCCCGCCGAGCGGGAGCGCUGCGCUCGCCUCGCCACCCCCGAGCUGCAGUACAAGGACAUCCUCGACCGACGGCAGUUUGGGGGGGGCAAUGCAUCCGUCCCGCCCGGGGGGUAGUGGGGCGGGGGGGGGGGGGGGGGGGCCCGGCAGUGGUACGCGGCCUGGGAACGGCACCGUGCCUUGGUUUACCUGGGCUGGGCGACGGGCCCUCUAACCCCGAUGGGGAUCAGGGUCCCCCCAUGGAACCACUUUGUGCCUCGGUUUACCUGCUGUGGGUAAUGCUGCCCCCCCUCCCUGCAGUCCGAUGGGGAUUGGGGUGAGUUUUCUGCCACCCCCUGCCCCGGUACAGCUCUGUGCCUUAGUUUACUUGGGCUGGUAAUGACCACCUCUAGCCCCGACAGGGAUCGGGGUCCUCCCGCGGUACCACCCUGUGCCUCAGUUUACCAGGGCCGGGCAAUGGCCCCCUGCCCCGGUGGGGAUCAGGGUUCCCCCCUGCCACGGUACAGAUCCGUGCCUCAGUUUACCGGGGCCGGGCAAUGGCCACGACCCCGCCCCGGUGGGGAUCAGGGUUCCCCCGCCACGGUACAGCUCCGUGCCUCAGUUUACCAGGGCCCGGUAACGGCCCCCCGCCCCGGGGGGGGGGGGAUCACGGUCCCCUCGCCUCCUGGGGGAAGGGGCUGGCGCAGGCCCCGCCUCAUCAAGGCUCGCUUUGUGGUAACUAUGGCAAUAAAGACUGGAAUCAGA